UUGUCAACCUGGAAAAGUUAAUCAAAUUGGUUUCAAGAGAAGUUACUUUUAAUUGUAAAUUCAACUAUAACCAAACAGGCAGGAUACAUUGGGUGUUACCUUUUCACUCCUUAAGAUGAUGAUUAUCAUUAUUUAAAAAUAAGCCUCAAUCUUUUUAUACCAUUCAUAUCAUCAUUCUCUGUCUCUGUCUGCUUCUAUUCUUACCUGUUUACUUUCUUUAACGAACCAACGAUCCUUUUGUACCUUAUCAAAGAACCGUGCAAUAACCAUUGUAAAGGUCAAGUAAAAGUUGAUGAACAGAAAGAGAUGAAACAUUGAAGAUUCAGUUAGACUAUUUGAUCCAGGCUACUCAAUGUUGACACCAAACAGUAAAUUAUUUAGAAAAGUUUACUUUUGCAAAACUUUACCUUUAAACUCUAAACUUGUGACUUGACUCAAGUUAAUUGCUCUAGCAAUUUGCCAUUGGAAAUGUUCAUUUGUUAAAUUGUUUAGUUCUGAUAAAUAUUGAAGUUUCUUUUUGUUCGAGGAAAAUUUGUGUCGCCAAGUUGAACCAAAUGAUUUUCAAGUAACUAUGAGUUUCCUUCAAAUUGUUGCCCUUCAUUUGUGUUGGAUUAUCAAUAGUGCCAGUUGCUUAUGUGGUUAUCCUGGUAGACCUGCUUAUGGUAAGUUAUUGUCAUCAAGUUAUCUUACAUCGGAAUCAAGCUACAAUUAUGGUGACGCUGUUAACUAUGCCUGUGAAAAGGGUUACUUUCUUCGUGGUCGAGGUUCACGAACUUGUUUAAACAACACUAAAUGGUCUGGAAAUUUACCCAUUUGUGAUUCGCCGUUGCAAAUUUAUGGCGAAGCUUCAUCGCCUGAAUCAAUCAAACUUUAUCCACCUUCACUGGCAAUAGACAACAAUCCAAGAAGCUGCUUCUACACUCGUCGAAGUAAACCUCGAGAAUGGACACUUGACUUGAUGGUUGUGCGAAAAGUGAAAUCAGUAAUAAUUACAGUUCCAUUUGCAAGUUCGGAACAUCAUUUCACCAUAUUCAUGUCAACAUUAUCAAGCAAUAAUUCAAUUGCAAGUUCAAAUCGAACUCGAUGUUCAUCAUUUCAUGGGAUGUUUGCUACACAAACUCAACUGAUUGUUUGCACAGAAGGAGUUGAGGGUCGCUAUUUGACCAUUCAAGAUGAUUCAUCUGCUUAUGAAUACUUUGGAUUGUGUGAGGUCAAAGUAACCACUGAAAGAGACAAAUAUGAAUGCGGCGAACCUGAGAAACCUUUAAAUUCCCUUCCAAUAGAAACUCACAAAAACAAUGUUGUUCAGUAUCAAUGUAAAGAUGGUUACCUGCUUGAAGGACCUGCCGAACGACAUUGCCAAAACGAUGGCUUCUGGUCUAAGGGUCAAGCCGUUUGCAAAGAGGUUACCUGCAAAGAGUUGGAAGCUCCGUUGAAUAGCAGGAUGGUUCUAAGUGGACUGAAUGAAAAUAGACAAGCGACAAUACUCAGUCAAGCAUAUUUCCAUUGCGAUUCCGGUUUCCAGGUUGUGGGUGAGAAUCGUCUCGUGUGUUUAUCAACUGGUAAAUGGUCGAGCUCAACUCCUCAAUGUAUCGCCAUUGACUGUGGAUUACCCAAAAAUAUUGUUCCCGAAUUGAGUCGAUUUAUCCUUCUCAAUGGGACAACUCGAUUUGGUUCCAUGGCUUUACUUGAAUGCCUAAAUGAUCAAGGAUUACCUGAAACAGAAGUAACUAUAGUCUGCCAACAAGAUGGACUCUGGUCACAAGCAUACAUUUCAUGCAAUAAACAAGAUUGGUUAUCCUCUGAAACAUUUGUCAAAAGUCAAUUGGAUUUAGUCAAAUCUGGAAAUGGUAAUGUCAUCACAAGCAUGAUUAUCAUAAUACUUUGCGCUCUUUCCAUGAUAAUAAUACUUUUGAUUGCAUUGCUUUUAAAAAGAAAAUUUUUAUCCGUUAAACUUGUAACCUGGCGUGAUCAUGAUCACAGUGAUGGGAAAAGGUGCAAGGCUCUUAGGUCAAAGCAUAAACGAUUAGGAGCCACUUUAUGCACAGUACGUAAGCAUCUUGGACUGCAAAGUGACUUGCCAUUGUUUGGUUCACUCAAGUGUUCCUUUCCUUCCCUACCAAUGGCAACCUCAAGUGAGGCCAAUGUGGUUACACAGUCAGGUUUGACUGUCAACUCUUCAAGUCAAGGUUAUGGCAACUACAAUGUAACUGAUGAUGCAGGCAAGUUGAUCAAUGUCAAUAAAUAUUUGGAUAAACAUGACUCAUCAAAACAUGACUGUUCAGAUGGAUCCAUCUGUGUUCCAAUUGAAGAUUCUUAUCGAAGUUCGUAUCGAAAUUAUCAAAACUUGGAUGAAAUAGAGACAAAUGAAACUUCGAUUCAAACUGGUUUACCAUCGUCGACACCCACAACUACAAGGGUUACUUCAACGGUAGAGGUAACAGCAAGUACGGUUGCAUGUUUGGAUGAACAUGCCUUGGUCUCCACAGAGGUAUCUUCACAAGAUUGGAUGAAUAUUAGCAGGAAAAAAAGUGGUUACUGGAAAAGAGAAAAGGAUCGCUUCAAGAGGCAAAAUAUAGCCUCCUUAUCCUCACCAUUGCCAUCAUCAUCAUCUUCUUCUGGAUUCCCAUUUUCACCAACAAACUCAUCCUCUUUUCCAUCUUCAUCAUCCUCUCUUUUACCAACUUAUGUCGACCUUGAUUUAACCUGUAAACGUUCAGGUUACAUUUUACCAGCCAGUGAAAACACUGAACUUGACAGUUCGAAUAAUUUGGUUUCCCAGAGAAUUGUUCAAGUGGACAUUGAAUUACCUCUUGAUGUUAUCACUGGCCUUGUUACUUCACCAUCAUCAUCUUCAUCUGAAACAACAACAACAGAUUCACCUUCAUCAUCAUCUUCUAUUACCAGUAAACCUUGUGCUUCACCAAACGAUAAAAAUAAUGAGACUGAAAAUGAGAAUGGUAAAGUUGUUGAUGUUGCUGUUUAUCAGAAACAAUCCUCUAAUCCAACUACUUCUGCCUGUGAUUUAUCCAAGUUACCAGCUGAUAAAAUCUCUACUGAAAAGGGCAUUACAAGAAUGAUGAUGAUGAUGAUGAUUAGUGAUCCUAUUGAUAAUGAUAUUACCCUGGAUAAUGGAAAUGAGCAUCCAUUUGAUGAGAAGCAAACAAAUCUGUAUAAACAUGAAAAUAAUUGUGAUAACAAAGAAAAAGAGGUAAAACAGCAACUUGACCAGACAACAGUCCAGAGUGACCAAAAGAUGCGUGAUGAUGGAAGAAGCUUCAAAUCAAAUGGCAUCAUCAAAGUGAAUACCAAUAAUUCCCAUGGAAAACAAAAUUCAGCCAAUUGCUCAUCAAACAGUCAACCCUAUUGUGACACUUUCAGGUCAAACUCAUCACCUUCAACCAAUGAUAAACUCUUAUUGAGUCACCAUGAUAAUCAUGCAAGUUCAACUUGUGACACCAACAUGGACAUUUCAAUAAUAACACAGAAAAGCUAUCAUUCCUUUUCAAAUGCAUAAACUUCACGUCAAACCAAAUAAACGAGACAAAUGUUCUAACCAAGAAUUCGUCAUUCAAACCAUGUAAA